AUGAGCGAGGAGGCCGCGGCGGCGCCGCCGCCGGCGCGACCGGGAGCGGCGGAUGACGAUGCUGCCGCGGCGUAUUCGGCGGCGGCCCUGCGGGCGGGGAGGGCGUGGGAGUUCAAGCGGGAUCUGGCGGCGGGGGCGCUGAUGGGGGGCGCCGUGCACACCGUGGUGGCCCCCAUCGAGCGCGUCAAGCUGCUGCUGCAGACGCAGGACGGCAACGCCGCGCUGCUCGGCAGGUCGCGCCGCUUCCGGGGCUUCUUCGACUGCGUCGCCCGCACCGUCCGGGAGGAGGGCGCGCUCUCGCUAUGGCGGGGCAACGGCACCGCCGUCAUCCGCUACUACCCCUCCGUCGCCCUCAACUUCUCGCUCAAGGACCUGUACAGGAGCAUCCUAAAAGAUGCGGGAACCUCAGCGGACAACAAGUUCACGUCAAUUGCUCUAACCAACUUCGUUGCUGGUGCCGCUGCCGGAUGUACUACUCUGGUCAUCAUUUACCCACUCGACAUUGCUCAUACCCGCCUUGCAGCCGAUAUUGGCCGAACAGACACCCGCCAGUUCAAAGGCAUCCGUCACUUUAUCCAGACUAUCUACAAGAAAAAUGGCAUCCGGGGUAUCUACAGAGGACUACCAGCAUCGCUCCAUGGGAUGAUCGUCCACCGAGGCUUAUACUUUGGAGGCUUCGACACUGCAAAGGAUAUGCUGGUACCACUUGACUCACCCCUGUGGCAGCGCUGGGUGACGGCGCAGGCGGUCACUUCCACGGCAGGGCUCAUCUCGUACCCCUUAGACACAGUGCGACGGAGGAUGAUGAUGCAGUCAGGGAUGGAGGUGCAGAUGUACAGCAGCACCCUCGACUGCUGGAGGAAGGUGUACAAGGUUGAGGGGGUCAAGUCGUUCUACCGGGGAGCGCUGUCUAACAUGUUCCGGAGCACCGGCGCGGCUGCAAUACUUGUCCUGUAUGAUGAGGUCAAGAAGUUCAUGAACGGUGGUAGGUUGUGAUAGGUAUAAUAGAGAGGGUGGUUCUCCACAGAUUUUUGGACUCAAUGCGGAGAAUAGAACCUAAAAAGGUACAUGGUGCAGCAGUGGCGGCUCGAGCGUUUUGUAAGAGAGUACUGGUUUCCUGCUGUUUACCACUAACCGGAAUCGAGCGCUUCAUGGUCUCAAGAUUGUGGCUGUUGCUUAUUU